ACAGCAAAGCGAUUGUGGAUGGGAACCUGAAGCUGAUCCUGGGUCUGAUCUGGACGCUGAUCCUGCACUACUCCAUCUCCAUGCCCAUGUGGGACGAGGAGGACGACGAAGAGGUCAAGAAGCAGACCCCCAAGCAACGGCUGCUGGGUUGGAUCCAGAACAAGCUCCCUCAGCUGCCCAUCACCAACUUCAGCAAGGACUGGCAGAGUGGCCGGGCCCUCGGCGCUUUGGUGGACAGCUGCGCCCCAGGGCUGUGUCCUGACUGGGAUUCGUGGGAUGCGAGCAAACCCGUCAACAAUGCCCGGGAGGCUAUGCAACAGGCCGACGACUGGUUGGGCAUCCCACAGGUGAUCACCCCGGAAGAGAUUGUGGACCCCAAUGUGGACGAGCACUCGGUCAUGACAUACCUCUCUCAGUUCCCCAAAGCCAAGCUAAAGCCCGGAGCCCCCCUCCGGCCCAAGCUGAACCCCAAGAAAGCCAGAGCUUAUGGACCAGGGAUUGAGCCCACUGGAAACAUGGUGAAGAAGAAGGCUGAGUUCACAGUGGAAACCAUCAGUGCUGGCCAGGGAGAGGUGCUGGUCUAUGUGGAGGAUCCUGCUGGACAUCGGGAAGAGGCCAAGGUCAUUGCCAACAACGACAAGAAUCGGACGUUCUCGGUGUGGUACGUGCCGAAGGUGACGGGUGUUCACAAGGUGACCGUCCUGUUUGCUGGGCAGCACAUUGCCAAAAGUCCCUUUGAGGUGAACGUCGACAAGUCUCACGCAGACGCCAGCAAGGUCACCGCCCAAGGCCCCGGCCUGGAGCCCUCCGGGAAUAUCGCAAACAAGACCACCUAUUUCGAGAUCUUCACUGCCGGUGCCGGCGUCGGGGAAGUCGAGGUCGUCAUCCAAGAUCCCAGCGGCCGGAAAGGGACGGUCGAGCAGCAGCUGGAGGACAAAGGCAACAGCACCUACCGUUGCACCUACAAGCCCACCCUGGAGGGGACGUACACCAUCUACAUCACCUUUGGGGGCGUGCCCAUCCCCCGCAGCCCUUACACGGUCACGGUGGGCCAGGCAUGUAACCCCAACGCUUGCCGGGCGGUCGGCCGGGGCCUGCAACCCAAGGGGGUCCGGGUGAAGGAGACGGCGGAUUUCAAGGUCUACACGAAAGGAGCCGGCAGUGGUGAACUCAAAGUCACAAUAAAGGGCCCGAAAGGCCUGGAAGAAUGCGUGAAGCAGAAGGACCUUGGCGAUGGGGUCUACAGCUUUGAGUACUAUCCCACUGUAACCGGCAACUACACAGUCACCAUCACCUGGGGUGGGCAGCAUAUCCCUCGCAGCCCGUUUGAGGUGAAAGUGGGAACAGAAUGUACAAGCCAGAAGGUGCGGGCCUGGGGCCCCGGAUUGGAAGGAGGCGUUGUGGGCAAGUCGGCUGACUUUGUGGUGGAAGCAAUCGGGGAUGACGUCGGAACGCUAGGCUUCUCCGUGGAAGGCCCCUCGCAGGCCAAAAUCGAAUGCGAUGACAAGGGUGAUGGAUCGUGUGACGUGCGCUAUUGGCCCCAGGAGCCUGGGGAGUAUGCAGUCCAUGUUCUCUGCAACAAUGAAGACAUCAAGCUCAGCCCCUUCAUGGCAGAGAUUAAAGCUGCUCCGAGGGACUUCUACCCAGAGAAGGUGAAAGCCCACGGCCCGGGCCUAGAGAAGACAGGUGUGGCUGUCAACAAGCCGGCAGAGUUCACCGUGGAUGCCAAGAAUGGCGGGAAGGCACCUCUGAAGGUGCAGGUGCAGGAUGCAGACGGCUCUCCCGUGGACGUCUCCAUGAAGGACAACGGUAACGGCACCUACAGCUGCUCCUACCUGCCCAAGAAGCCGGUGAAGCACACAGCCCUGGUCUCCUGGGGAGGAGUCAACAUCCCCAACAGCCCGUACAGGGUCAACGUCGGGGCCGGCAGCCAUCCUAACAAAGUGAAGGUAUACGGGCCCGGUGUGGCCAAGACAGGCUUGAAGGCCCAUGAGCCCACCUACUUCACCGUCGACUGCACAGAAGCUGGGCAGG